GCUCCGGAGGUUUCCGGGCCCUCUGGGGAUGUUGCGAGAACGGGCGCCGCGGCCGGGCGGGUUUCGGGCCUGGGAAGAACCGGAAUGUUUCGCUGUAGCAUCUGUCUGUGGGUUCCCGUGCUCUGGACUACGUUUCCCAUCGGCCCCGGCUGGCGCUCCCUUUUGGCGUCACGGCCCAUUACCGGGGUCUGUGGACCCCUUAGUUCUGCCAUCUCAGGACUCUGCUCUUCCCCAAGAGAGGAGCCUGGAGGAGGCCUCAUCAGCCCAUGAAAUUCUGAAAGUCAUGUCCAUCGGGUCAGACUUGUUCAGGGAUGUGGCCGUCGUCUUCUCCCGAGAAGAAUGGGAGCGGCUGACGCCUGCCCAGAGAGAUCUGUACAGAGACGUCAUGUUGGAGAUCUACAGCGUCCUGCUCUCACUGGAUCUUGCCAUUUCCAAACCUGAUGUGAUCUCCUUCCUGGAGCAAGGCAAGGAGCCCUGGAGGGUGGAGGAGGCAGCGACCGGAGGCCUGUGCCCAGUCUUGGAGUCGAGGUAUGAUACUCAGGUCUUAUCUCUGAAGCAGCCCGUUCGUGAAGCGCUGUCACCCGGGUGCGAGAGAACGGAAAGCCUUACAAGUCAUGCUCCCGAAUACUCGGGUUCCCAAGAUGACUGGGAAUGCAGAACUCAGUGUGACAGACAGCAGGGGAGUCCAGAUGGACAUCUGAGUCAAAUGGUAAUCAAUCAUGAGGAAAUGCCCACUUUCGACCCACAAGCAUCCCUUACUUUUUAUCAGAAAAUCCAUCCUGGAAACAAAUCCUAUGCAUAUAAUGAUGGCAGAGAAGACUUCUGGCCAGAGGACUUCCUUAUUAACCAUCAGGGAAUUCACGCUAAUGAGAAACCCUAUAAAUGUAAGGAGUGUGGGAAGGCCUUUAAAUAUGGUUCUCGACUAAUUCAACAUGAGAAUAUUCAUUCUGGUAAGAAACCCUAUGAGUGUAAGGAAUGUGGGAAGGCCUUCAAUUCGGCUUCAAAUUUCAUACAACACCAGAGAGUCCAUACUGGUGAGAAACCUUAUGAAUGUAAGGACUGUGCCAAGGCCUUCAGUCGGAGCUCCCAGUUGAUUGAACAUCAAAGAAUUCAUACGGGGGAGAAACCCUAUCAAUGUAAGGAAUGUGGGAAGGCCUUCAAUCGGAUAUCACAUCUUAAAGUACAUUAUAGAAUUCAUACGGGCGAGAAGCCCUAUGCCUGCAAGGAAUGUGGGAAGACCUUUAGUCAUCGGUCUCAGUUGAUCCAACAUCAGACUAUUCAUACUGGCAAGAAGCUCUAUGAAUGUAAGGACUGCGGGAAGGCCUUCAAUCAGGGCUCAACCCUUAUUCGACAUCAGAGAAUUCACACUGGUGAGAAGCCCUAUGAAUGUAAGGCCUGCGGGAAGGCCUUUAGGGUGAGCUCACAACUUAAGCAACACCAGAGAAUUCACACUGGAGAGAAACCCUACCAGUGUAAGGUGUGUGGUAGGGCUUUCAAACGGGUCUCGCACCUUACUGUGCAUUAUAGAAUCCAUACGGGUGAGAAACCCUACGAAUGUAAGGCGUGUGGGAAGGCCUUCAGCCACUGCUCGCAGCUCGUUCAGCAUCAGCUCAUUCACACUGAGGAAAAGCCCUGUGACUAUAAGAAAGAGGGGAGGACUUUCCAUUGUGAUUCAGCUACUGUUCAGCAUCAGAGAAUGCAAAGCAGAGAAACACAAGUGAAUAUCAUAAACGUAGAAAAGCCUUCCAUCAGCACUUACCCCUUGUUGAUCAUCAGAGAAAUUAUGUUGGCCAGCAACCACAUGAGUGGGAGCAGUGGGGAGAGCCCAUUGGCUUAGGCUAAUCGCAGCUUUGUCCUUUCAUCUCGAGGUAAGACUUGAAUGUACUGCGAGUCAGAAUGCCUUCAUUCAGAGCUGUCCCUUCUCCCAAGUUACAAAGUUCAUACCGAAGGAAAAUUUUAUGGAUACAAAAUGUUUAGACCAUGAUAGUCAAAGAAGCAAGGACAGGUUGGAAAAAAUGUCUCCUAACACAUUCUUGAUUCACCUUUUAUAUCUACCAUGUUAUAAUUUAAGUAGCCAAAAGUUUUCAUUUUCUUACAAAGUGAAAAGGAAAAAUAACUAAAACAGCAGAAUUACUCUUGGGUUAACGAGGAAAUAAAUCACACAGUUACCAUAAACAGUGAAGAAAAGAAUAAAUUAGAGUCCCUGGCCAGGGAGCUUGGUUGGAGCUCCUGGUAUGCCAAGGUUGCCGGUUAAUCCCUGGUCAAGGCACAUCCAAGAAACAACCAAUAAAUGUAUAACUGAGGGGGACAAAAAUCCAUGUUUCAAAGAGACGAGAGUUUUUGUACAUUCCAACAGAUGUAGCUGAUGCCACUCAGAGGAAUUUUAAAGAUUUUAUGUAUUUUUAGAGAGGGGAAGGGAGGAAAAGGGAGAGAAACAUCAAUGUGUGGUUGCCUCUCACGUGCCCCCAACUGGGGGGGCCGCCCCACAACCAAGAUGUGCCCUGACUGGGAAUUGAACCAGUGACCCUUUGGUUCAUAGGCCAGCAUUCAAUCCACUGAGCCACACCAGGCAGUGCUACUCACAGGAAUUUUUAUGACCUUUAAAUUCAUGAAAAACAUGAAAACCUGUAAGGUUAUAUUUAAAUAUUCUAAAUGUGCUAUUCAAGAAGCCAGAAAAGAGAACAGCAGACAUCCAGAUGAUGAAAGAACAAGUCAGUACAAAAUAAUGAAGUAGAAAGUGGUUAUCUUACAGCAAUCUUAGUUUUCACAUCUUCCUGACCCAAGAGUAAACUAAAUUUAGCAUAUGGUUUCUCAAUUUCCAUGAUGUUCGAUUGUUUUGGGUUAUCUUUUAUAACAUUGCAGAGAGAAGGGGUUGGUUGCUUACCUACCAGCCAUACCCAGUUCCCCUUCUUGUUGGCAGCCCCUGUGUCUUGCCUUAGAAUCUGAAGGUGUUAGGGGCUAAUUUCAGCCUCCUUUGCAGCUCAGGUAGGCCACUGUGUUCCAGGGACCUGCUGGGCUUCUGGGAAAGAUUUUCCUAAUUCAGAAGAGACAUAUAUUAGGAAGACUUUCCUCGUUUUCUGCUGUUAAACAUUUUCCUAUGAGAUUGUGAUGUCUGGAGUUGCUGCAGCCAUUUUGGGGUCAAGAGGAGAAGACAGAAGCUGAUCUGGAAACCAAUUCUGAAACUGUUUCUUUGAUGCCUUGUUAUAUAAGAAAAAGAAAUCUUUAUUGCUAAAGUUAAUUUUAAUUGGAUAUCUUGUAAAUUCACAGCCAUAAACAUUCUGAAUUACAAUAUUUCAAAUUUUAGUAUGAUUGGUAAAUGUGGCCUGGAUAUCAAUACCUGCUUUUUAAAAUUUGACAUUUUUCUUUGUGGCUAAGUACAAGAUUGAUUUUGUUUAUGUUUCUUAACAUUGAAAAAGACUACAUACUGUUUUUUGUUUGCUUGAAUACAGGGUUCUGUUUAAGCCUGUGGAUUAUAAUGACAAAAUUCUUCAUGUUCGUAUAUUAUUUGAUAUAUUGGAUCAGAAUUUCCUAAAAUUGAAAUUCUUGGACCAAGAUUGUGAAUUUCCAGAGAUUUUUACUUUUUAAUUUAUGUUGUUUGACUGUGACUUAAGUCCUAUUUAUGAAUCAUACCUUUUAUCAUUAUUAAUAUCUUAUUGUGCCAGGGAUAGUGAUCAACAAACCAAAUCUGGCUUGCUGCCUGGUUUAUAAAUAAAGUUUUGUUGGAACAGCCAUGCUCAUUUGUUUGUUGUCUACUAAGGGCAGAACGGAGUGGCUGCAAGGAAGACUGACUGGCCAGGCAGCCUGCGUUUGCUGUCUGUCACUGAAGAUAAGUUUGCCACCCUGGCCAGUGCAACCCAGUUGGAGUGUCAUGCUGUACACUGGAAGGUUGUGGGUUUGAUUCCCAGUGAGGGCACAUAGGAGAGACAACCAAUGUAUAUUUCUCACAUCAAUGUUUCCCUCUCCCUCCCUUCCCUUCUCUAAAAUCAAUAGGCUGUCCUCAGGUGAGGAUUUAAAAAAAAGUUUGCCAGUUGUGACCUAGUGUGGUCCUCUAUUUUAUUACC